ACGGCCAAAGUCUCACUCCAAAACCAUAAAGCCGAUCUGCUCUGGUGUACCUGUUCUCCCGCAUCGCUUCUUCAACUCCAAGACUCUCGUACUCGAAACAGGAAACUCGAGAGCACUGCAUCAAAUUUAGGAAGCCGUGUCCAAUGGGAAUUGAAGGAAAUCUCAGUUCGGACCAGCUUCAGUCCUUCCACUCUCAGGGGUAUGUCGUGAUUGAAUCUUUUGCAAACCUUGAAGAAAUGGACGCCAUGAGGGAGAGAAUGGACCAGUUGCUCAAUGAGUUUGACUGUUCCGCUGCUUCUAUCUUCUCUACCAGGAACCAGCAACAGUCGACCGAUGAGUACUUCUAUGCGAGUGCGGAGAAGAUAUCGUUUUUUUUCGAGGAGCGAGCAUUUGACGAUCAUGGUCAAUUGAAGCAGCCAAAGCAACUGUCUAUCAACAAAGUUGGCCAUGCACUGCAUGAGCUUGACCCUGCAUUUAAAAAAUUCUCGUGCUCAGAAAAAGUAGCAAGUUUGCUAUCAUCCCUAGCUUAUAAGAGGCCAGUGGUCAUUCAGUCAAUGUACAUAUUUAAGCAACCAGGUAUAGGAGGUGAAGUAGUGCCACACCAGGACAAUUCAUUUCUUUAUACUGAACCACCAACUUGCACAGGACUUUGGCUGGCUUUAGAAGAUGCAACAAUAACAAAUGGUUGCAUCUGGGCCAUUCCUGGAUCGCAGAAAAAUGGGCUUGUGAGAAGGUUCAUUAGAAAUGAGGAAGGGGUACACUUUGAUCGGCCAUCCCCGGCUUAUGAGCAUAAAGAUUUUGUGCCUAUUGAAGUGAAAGCUGGUUCUUUGGUGGUCAUUCAUGGUGAUCUUAUUCAUCAAAGUUUUGUGAAUCAGUCCGCAAAGUCACGGCAUGCAUACAGCUUGCAUGUGGUAGAUACUGAUGGCUGCGAAUGGGCUCAAGAAAAUUGGUCCAUCCGUGCGUCGGUCCUAGUAGAUAAAAGGACUAGGGAGGUUAUUUUGGUUAGCUUACGAUGGAAUCCAGGGAUAUCACUGCCAAUAUAGGUGGCAGUAGUAGUGAGGGUGCCGGCCCCGAGGCUGGUAACGACUCUACUAGUGUGUUACGUGAAUUCGCACAGCAGCUUAUGGCUGAGGUAGUGCGUACGAAUAGAGGGCAGGAUCGUCCUAUGACUGAGUUGGGUUGCUCUAUUGAGCAGUUCACCAGAUUGAAGCCCUCUGCUUUUGUGGGCGGUACAGAUCCAGUUCGUGCUGAGAAUUGGAUCCAGGAGAUCGAGAAGAUCUUAGGUGUGUUAAAUUGCACUGAAAAGCAGAAAGUCACCUUCGCCACGUUCAAGUUGGCAGGGGAGGCUGAGAGAUGGUGGGGGUCGGUAAAGCAGAUGGAGGAGCACCGACCGAUACCGAUAGUGUUGACAUGGGCCCGAUUCAAAGAGCUCUUCUUUGAACGUUAUUUUCCGGCCACAAUGAGAAAUGCGAAAAUGGAGGAAUUUAUGAAUUUGACGCAGGGUUCACUGACAGUGCAGCAGUACGCUGCCAAGUUCCAGGAGCUGUCUCGAUUUGCUCCAUUCGUGAUUCCUGAUGAAGCAAAGAAGGCUUGGAAGUUUCAGAGGGGUCUGAGGAGCGAGAUCCGUAAGCAGACGGCGAUUCUGCAGUUACAGGAUUUUGCUACGUUGGUUGAUAAAGCCACGGUAGCAGAGGAGUGUUUACUAGAGGAUGCAGAGGUUCAGGUUACGAAGAAGAGGCCAGCGCCUCCUAAUUAUUCAUCGGGGGCAGGACAGAGUAAAUGGAAGAAAAAUAGUAGUGGCACGUCCCAGAAUGCCGCAAGUGUUCCACAUUGCUCUUUAUGUGGUAAGAAACACCAGGGGCAGUGUUGGUUGUCUACGGGAGCCUGUAUGCGGUGUGGUAGACAAGGACAUCAGAUGAGAGACUGUCCGAGGCAGAGGAAUGAUGGAGUCACACAGAAGCAAUACAGAGGGAAUGCUCCGACACAGCGUGGUGGUCAGCAGGGGGGUACUGCCCAGGCUAGGGUAUAUUCUCUGACUCCUGGUGACGCUGAGAACGCUGGUGACGUGGUCACAGGUACUAUUUAUGUGUUUUUUUCAUGAAGCUAUAGUACUUUUUGAUUCUGGAGCUACGCAUUCUUUUAUUUCCCGUAAUUUUGUUAAAUUAUGUGGUUUGGAGGUGCAACUGUUGGAUUAUGAAUUGGUAGUGACUACGCCGUCUGGGUCUGUAGUCGGGUGUAGUAAGUUAGUCCAUAACUUCCCUGUGGAAAUUCAGGGAAGAAUACUACCAGUUAACCUAGUGGUCUAUGACAUGCAUGGUUUUGAUAUCAUCCUUGGGAUGGACUGGUUGUCGGCCAGUUAUGCUAGUAUUGAUUGCCACAGGCGAGAGGUGUUGUUUAAACCACCAGGGGAGCAGGAAUUCAAAUUCCAGGGGUCGUGUGUGCGUUCUACACCACGAAUUCUUUCAGCUUUGCAAGCUAGGAGGCUACUCCUAGAUGGCUGCCAAGGGUAUCUGGCGUUUGUGAAAGAUACGCCGGUUGAAAAAAAUAAGUUGGAAACAAUUGCUGUAGUGUGCGAGUUCCCUGACGUGUUUCCAGAGGACUUGCCAGGGUUACCUCCAGAUAGGGAAGUGGAAUUCGCGAUAGAGCUAGUUCCAGGUACGGCGCCGAUAUCGAAAGCUCCGUACCGUAUGGCUCCAGCUGAAUUGAAAGAACUGAAGGAACAACUUCAGGAGCUCCUAGACAAGGGAUACAUUCGUCCUAGUAUUUCUCCUUGGGGAGCUCCCGUUUUGUUUGUUAAGAAGAAGGAUGGGUCGAUGAGAAUGUGCAUCGACUACAGAGAACUGAACAAGGUGACGAUAAAGAAUAAAUAUCCGCUACCUCGAAUCGAUGAUCUGUUUGACCAGCUUCAAGGCACGCAGAUCUACUCUAAGAUUGAUCUACGAUCUGGGUAUCACCAGCUGAAGGUGAAAGUGGAAGACAUUCCUAAGACGGCAUUUCGAACUCGGUAUGGCCAUUAUGAAUUUAUGGUUAUGCCUUUUGGUUUGACUAAUGCACCUGCAGCGUUUAUGGAUUUGAUGAACAGGGUCUUUCACGAAUAUUUAGACCGGUUCGUCGUGGUAUUUAUCGACGACAUCCUAGUGUAUUCUAGGAGCGCUGCAGAGCAUGAGGGGCAUUUGAGGCUUGUCUUGCAAAUGCUUAGGAAUAAGAAAUUGUAUGCUAAAUUGAAGAAGUGUGAGUUCUGGCUAGAGCAGAUUGCGUUUCUUGGUCACGUCGUGUCCAAGGAAGGUGUAUCUGUGGACCCGAGUAAGAUUGAAGCAGUAGUGAACUGGGCGAGACCGAAGAAUGUUCAGGAAGUAAGAAGCUUUUUAGGUCUUGCAGGUUACUACCGUCGUUUUGUAGAAGGGUUCUCCAGUUUAGCAGGUCCUUUGACGCGACUCACGAGGAAGAACGUGAGGUACGUUUGGACUGAGGAAUGUGAGUUGAGUUUCCAGGAGCUGAAACGGCGACUGGUUACUGCUCCAAUCCUGACCAUUCCUUCAGGGGAUGGUGGAUUCGUUAUUUAUAGUGACGCCUCUAAGAAGGGUCUUGGUUGUGUUCUAAUGCAGCAGAGCAGAGUAAUUGCUUACGCUUCUCGGCAACUUAAAGAGUACGAGAAGAACUACCCGACACAUGAUAUGGAAUUAGCAGCGGUAGUAUUUGCAUUAAAAAUUUGGAGGCAUUACUUGUAUGGUGAAAAGUGCGAGAUUUUUACUGACCAUAAAAGUCUUAAAUACUUUUUCACCCAGAAGGAGCUGAACAUGAGACAACGCAGGUGGCUAGAGUUGAUUAAAGACUACGACUGUGUUAUUAGCUAUCACCCAGGAAAGGCUAAUGUGGUAGCUGAUGCUCUGAGUCGGAAGUCUGUUGAUGCGUCUGUUUCAGCGAUUAGAGUUCAGCACCAAAUUUGUAUGGACUUGGAAAGGUUGGGCUUGGAAGUGGUAGAAGAAAAUCAUCAGGCUGUUCUUGCCAGCUUGGUGGUGCAACCGACCUUACAAGAGAGGAUCCGUGUAGCGCAAAAAGAGGAUCCAAAGUUAGUUGAGGUUAUAGAAGGAGUUCGGAAUGGUUUAAAGCCAGACUUCAGUAUUUCUGGUGAUGGGAUACUGAGAUUCCGCAGCAGGGUUUGCGUUCCGAAUGAUGCCGUGAUUAAACGGGUUAUUCUAGAGGAGGCACACCGUUCGCUCUACACUGUACAUCCUGGUAGUACGAAAAUGUACCGGGAUUUGAGGGAAUCUUUCUGGUGGUCUAAUAUGAAAAGAGAGAUCGCCCAAUUUGUAGAACAGUGCCUGACAUGUCAGCAGAUUAAAGCAGAACAUCAGAAGCCGGCAGGACCACUUCAACCACUCGACGUCCCUGAGUGGAAGUGGGAACAUGUCUCAAUGGAUUUUGUGACGGGUUUACCUGCGGCGAUGCAUGGGCAGAAUGCCAUAUGGGUUAUAGUAGAUCGGUUGACGAAGACUGCACACUUCAUUCCAAUCAGAGUCAGCUACUCUCUGAAUAAGCUGGCAGAACUUUAUGUGCAGGAGGUGAUACGACUCCAUGGUGUUCCUAUAUCUAUUGUUUCAGAUCGAGAUCCGCGUUUUACAUCUCGUUUUUGGAAAAGUUUACAGGAUGCCUUGGGAUCGCGAUUGAUGUUCAGUACGUCUUUUCACCCACAAACGGAUGGACAGUCGGAGAGAACUAUUCAAACGUUAGAAGAUAUGUUGCGGGCUUGUAUACUAGAUUUUGGUAAUAUUUGGAUACGAUAUCUACCGCUUGUUGAAUUUGCAUAUAACAACAGUUACCAGGCGAGCAUAGAGAUGGCACCUUAUGAGGCUUUGUACGGUCGUCGGUGUCGAUCUCCGUUGUACUGGGAUCAGGUAGGUGAGCGGCAGAUACUAGGUCCAGAACUGAUUCAGCAGACCUCUGCAAAGGUUGCAUUGAUCAGGGAAAGAAUUAAAGCAGCUCAGAGUCGACAAAAGAGUUAUGCUGAUACUCGUCGGCGAGAGUUGGAAUUUGAAAUAGGAGAUAUGGUAUUCUUGAGAAUCGCUCCGAUGAAAGGGGUGAUGAGAUUCGGGAAGAAGGGGAAGCUAAGUCCUCGGUAUGUCGGGCCUUUUGAAAUCCUUGAAAGGAUAGGUUCGGUUGCUUAUCGAGUGGCUUUACCUCCAGCAUUAUCCCAAGUUCAUGAUGUAUUUCACGUGUCUGUACUGAGGAAGUAUAUACCAGAUCCAUCACAUGUACUGAGUUACGAACCUCUAGAGAUCAGUGAGACUUUAUCAUAUGAGGAGGUACCAGUACUGAUAUUAGGUCGGAAAGUUCAGCAGUUACGGACUAGGGAAAUACCGCUAGUGAAUGUAUUAUGGCGUAACCAUACAGUGGAGGAAGCUUCAUGGGAGUUAGAGUCAGAAAUACGCCAGAAGUACCCGCAGUUAUUUUCGGAAGGUAUGUAAUUAUGUAUAGUAGUAUAGGUGGUAUGGUCUUCGGGAGAGUUUUGUGUGUGUAAUCUUCCGAAGCAUCACAUUGUAACCACGGUAUUCCUCCGCCAUAAGCGAGGGUAGAUAAUAACUUCGCGCCGGAGCUGCUUUGAGGGUGGCUGCCGACUCUUCUGUA